CAUAACCGAAGCCAGAGAGCCAAUUGGAGCUCAUGGUGGAGCAGUUUGCUCGAGGAACCGAUGAAGGGUGCUCGAACUUGGAUCUCCCCCAACCCGAAGUGAAGUCUAAGUUGGAGCUUUCCAUGGAGAAAUUUGAAAGAACAAGCUCCAACACGGAUUUCCAACCUCUCCCUCCACCCGGUUUGACACUUGAAGAGAAGGUGACACGAGCCAAGCUAUCGCUUCUCAUCAAUUAAAGAGAAAGAGGAGGUUGAAGGAUUAAUCAAUGACAAGCGUGUGGGGCAAGACGAACUCACCUCGGAGAGCUCCCGUGGUGAGGAUGAACAAGAAUGUUGCAUUGACGACUCUCGUCACUUUUUCCCUUCUCAAGAGAAAAUUUGAAGACCAAGUCACGAGUGUGGAGGAGCAGGAUAAUCCUUUAUAUGAUCUUGCAUGGCAUCUUUCCCACCAAACCGUACUUGAAGACAUGAAUGGAAAGGAGAAAGAGGUGAGCGUUGAAGAGGAGGAAGAGAGCAUUAAAGAAAAUGAAGAUCUUGAUUGUUCCCAAGGGGAGGAAUCAAAUUUUGAAGAAGGAAGGGAGGUUGAGGUUGAAGAUGCAAGGAUGUCCAAAAAGAGGACGAGGUCGAGGUGGAUGAAGCUUCUACAAGUUACAAGUGCUAUAAAAGCUUUCCACCCGACCUUGAUGCGCUACUCGAGAAGGACCUGUUUGCGGCUCUUUGCCAAGCCAAAGCAAAACCAUCGGCGAUCCCUCUUGGUGGAUGCGAUGGAAGUUGAUCGUGGUUGCACUACAUGGUAUGGGGCAAACAGAAGGGAGAAGAAUAAAAGAAGAAGAGGUCUCGUGGGUGGAGCCUCAUGACAAAUCAAGUUCAUAAGCCCUCAAUCAUGAAUUCGUCCAAAACUUGUGACUUGAAACAUUACCUAACCGACGAGAACCUCAACUUCAAGGAGGUUCUUGGGUAGACUGAAACUUGAAGAGCAACCGUCUGGCUCACGACGUUAAAGAAGCGGUUGGCGGGAAGUAACCCAACCACCAUUGGUUUAUUUCUUUUUGAUUCAAUAAGAUGACAAUUUGAAGAGAUUUUGGUGGUGUUUUGGUCGUGACCUUGCUCUUCCGGAUCUCAGGCUUACUAAUAUUACUAGUCAAGACACUAAUAUUAUAAAACAACAAUUUAUGAGAGAUGGAAAUCAGGCUUACUAAUAAAGGAAUUAAAACGUU